AUGGUCAAAGACUGGAUUAACAUCCAUAAACCUCUUUUUGAAGCGUUUUUGGAAACGCAUAUCCAUAGUAGUAAUGCAGCCAGAAUAAAUGAUGCUAUACUGGUAGUUUGGAAGUCUUUUGGGAACUACGGGCAUCACAGUUCUGGUCAGAUAAUUGUUGUUUGGGACCCUUCGGUCUCUGUAUUUAUCUACAAGGCUACAGAGCAAGCUGUUACAUAUGGAGUUCACAUUUUGUCGGAGAACAUAAAUCUUACUGUCACGUUUGUGUACGGGUUCAACGUUGUUGGAGAGAGGCAGGCGUUGUGGAAUGAACUAGUUGAGAUAAGUGAUACCCCAGCGUUGCAGAAUUCUACUUGGACCGUCCUUGGAGACUUUAAUAAGAUUUUACGCUUGGCUCACCAUUCGGGUUAUCCGUCUCAUGUGGUUGAUUCAAGUGGUAUGCAGGAGGCUAAUGAGGCUUUGCAAGAUGCGGGAUUGUUUGAGGCUCAAGCAAAAGGAACACCUUUCACGUGGUCGAAUAAUAAUGACCAGGACCCAAUCUCCAAGAGAAUUGAUCACACUCUCGUAAACCAAAUUUGGGCAGAUCAUUUUCGUGAUUCAUAUGCAGAUUUACUCGAGCCGGGGCAAUCUGAUCAUUCGCCGUGCAUAGUCAAGGUUCCAUCAUUGAGGCGACAAAGCAGGAAGCCUUUUAAGUUCUAUCACCAUAUCAUCGAUCACCCUGACUACAACUCUGCUGUUACUGCUGCCUGGAACCCGGGAUCAAUCACAGGCUCUGCCCAAUUCAAACUGGUCAGGACGAUGAAAAUGCUUAAAAAAGAUCUAAGAGGAAUCAACAAGCGGCACUUCAGUGGUAUUAGUGAAAGGGUGAAGGGGCAAUCUGCUAAGGUAGUGGGUUUGCAACGUCAGCUUCUUACUCAACCAAACUCGGCCCUUGCGGGAAAAGAGUACAUGGAGAGAGACAAGCUAAACCUUCUCCUAAAUGCUGAGCAGAAAUUCUUCAGACAUUGA